GUUCUAGACAUACCAAAAUUUUUCAAACCAUGCAAGGAGACAUUGACAAAGAAUUUGCACACUCAGGUAGUAAUAAGGGGGACAUCUCCAAAUGGAUUCGAAACCUAUACCACGAAUCCCGUGGUGCCGAGCUACCUGGCACUAUUAAUCCGCGAGUUCUUGAGAACAUGUUCCGUCAGCAAUCCGAGCCCUGGAGAAACAUCGCGACCGUCUACAUUGAAAGAAUCGGCACUGCUAUCCAGAGAUUCAAUGAAGCUAUCUUCGCAGAAAAGAUCUCAGACGAUGAGUUGAGAAUGAAACUCAUGGCCAAGCUAUCUCAUAGACAUGGUCAAACACUCGACAAAGCCAGCCAGCAACUCAUAAUCAUCUUGAACGAUAAGAGAGGUGGGAUCCUUCAAACGGUAAACCACUACUUCACUAACACGCUCUCUGCUAUCCGUAAAGAGCGAGUUUUGGCAAGACUAGAGGAUGCCGGUGUCAAAGACGGGUUCGCGGUCGAUCUGACCCACAUACUAAAAAGCAUCCAUCUCAGCAAUGAAGAUCAGGCUAUCAAUGACAUUCAUAAUACACUAAAAGCCUAUUACAAAGUGGCUUUGAAACGGUUCACAGACAACGUUGUUCUCUAGGUUACAGAACGUCUAUAUCUUGGCCCUAAUAAUCCAGUGAAAAGCCUGUCCUCUGAGAUAAUUGGCGAUUUAUAGGACGGCGAGUUGACCGAUCUGGCAGGUGAGAACUUUGUUACCUCGAGCACCAGAAACGAACUCCUCAACAAGUAUGAGCGAUUCCAGAAAGCACUAGAAAUUGCAAGACAUACACUCAUGUAAUUAGCUAUCCAUUUAAGGAUAGGGUGGAGAG